AUUAGAGGCGAGAAGAGACGCAAGACACGCACUUGACGUAAAGAUGGCGGCUGCUAGAGGUUUAAAGAAAUUAUACGGAAUCGGGCUUCACGCGAUUCGACAAAAUGCUACUUUAAAAACAACAACGUUUCUUCAACGAAGAGCGUUUCGCGUGAAUGGAGCUCUUCGCCAGCAGCCGUUUGAUUCUUCAGCGGAGAAACCUCAGUUUCCCGGGGCCUCGGCGGAGUUUAUCGAUCACCUGGAAUUUAUCCAGCCCAAUGUGAUCUCAGGAAUCCCUGUGUACCGGGUGAUGGACAGGCAGGGCCAGAUCAUCAAUCCGUCUGAGGAUCCUAAUCUUCCAAAAGAGACGGUUUUGAAUUUCUAUCAGAAGAUGACAUUACUCAACACGAUGGAUCGAAUCCUUUAUGAGUCUCAGAGGCAGGGCCGUAUCUCUUUCUACAUGACCAAUUACGGAGAGGAAGGCACGCACGUUGGAAGCGCUGCGGCUCUUGAACCAACUGAUUUGGUCUUCGGCCAAUACCGAGAAGCUGGAGUGUUGAUGUACAGAGGCUUUCCCUUGGAUCUGUUUAUGGCGCAGUGCUACGCCAACGCCGAUGACCUUGGCAAGGGUAGACAAAUGCCAGUUCACUACGGCUGCAAGGAUCUCAAUUUUGUAACCAUCUCCUCACCGCUUGCCACUCAGAUCCCCCAAGCUGCCGGGGCGGCGUACGCGGUCAAGAGGGAGAACUCAAACCGCGUGGUGAUCUGUUACUUCCGAGAGGGGGCCGCCAGUGAGGGGGACGCACAUGCCGGAUUUAAUUUUUCUGCCACCCUUGAGUGUCCUCUCAUAUUCUUCUGCCGCAACAACGGUUAUGCCAUCUCCACACCGACCAACGAGCAGUACAGAGGAGAUGGUAUCGCUGCUCGAGGUCCAGGAUAUGGACUGAUGUCGAUACGCGUCGAUGGAAACGAUGUCUUCGCCGUGUACAAUGCCACGAAGGAGGCACGACGCAGAGCGGUGGCCGAAAACCAGCCCUUCCUUAUCGAGGCCAUGACCUACAGGAUCGGUCAUCACAGCACUAGUGACGACAGCUCAGCGUACCGUUCAGUGGACGAGGUCAACUACUGGGACAAGCAGGACCACCCCAUCUCUCGCCUGCGACACUACAUGACCGCUCGAAGCUGGUGGGGCGAGGACGAGGAGCGGGCCUGGAGGAAGCAGUCGCGAAAACUCGUCAUGGAGGCCUUCGAAAAAGCCGAGAAACGUCUGAAACCCAACCCCGAGCUGCUGUUCACCGACGUCUACGAUGAGAUGACUCCUUCUAUAGCCAAGCAGAGAGAAGCCAUGUGGCGUCACGUCCAGCAGUAUAAAGAGCAUUACCCACUCGAUCUCUAUGAGAAAUAAUCCAGGAGCCGUGGACACGUCCGGGAAGUUCUUGCACAUGUCUGUUUGUUUGAAUUGGGUUUUUGUUUUUUUCUUCCGUUUCUACGUUUUUAUUGCAUUAGAAAGCACAAGUGGCGAAAGUGUUGUUGUUCUGCAUAUUUGCCACUAGAGGCCUCCGUACUGUCAUUUUGUGCCUUGGAAAAGGAUGUGGUGGGUCUUCUACACCGGCCUAAUGUAGCAAAUUGUUCUAACAGCCCUUAAAUACAGUAUCAGUACAUUGGCAUAGUACUAUCAAUCUAGUCACUACGGUACUUUAUUUAAAGCAUGAAAAUCGUAAUGAUUCCAUACGUUUUUUUGGAACUUUAUGAAGUGUCAUUUUUAAGUGUUCUUCAUUCAGUAUCUUUGCAAUAUUGGGUUUCACCAUUGGUUUGUCGUUUCUCCACCAACAACGCUAAUAUUCAGUGAAGGUGAUGUGAUUGUGUGUGUUAUUACCCUCAAACCUUUCCACUCCAAAACCAGCUAUUAAUAAUUAUACUGUUUCCGUAAUAAUAAAUGGUUUGUGUCUUGUUAAAUCCCCCCCCCCCCCACACAGAUGAUGAUGAUCAUGAUACUGUUAAUAAUGAAAUAUUCUUUAGCUGCGAUUUUUCUGAUUGUUAAUGAACUGAGCAAACUUUGUGUGUGAGACUGACUCAACUGUUACAUGAUGACAUGAUGAUUGUCGUGUUUGAGAUCUGUCUGGAUUAGCUUUAGGGGUUUGUAAAUUGUAUUUUAAACAAUAAAAAAAAAAAUGCUCACAAAAUGUAAUCACUGAUAUAGCGAUGUGCUUACUGAACAUAGACUAUAAUAAAAUGUUGUACUGUC